CUCCUCCUCCUCCUCCUCCUCCUCAUUCCUUUUUUGCUUUCCUUCCUUCCUUCUUUCUCUCUUUCCUCUCUCUCUUUUUCUCUUUUGUAUUUUAUUCUGUUCCCAGAGUCGCUCUGCGCCGUCAUGUCUUCCUCGGCACAUCGCCCUCGCCAGUCCUCUUCAAAGGAUCUGCCCAUGCUCGCUGCCUUCCCCACUCUUGCCUCAAAACCAGGGCCCCGUAUCCCCAAACCACCCCCCUCAUCCUCCACUUGUUCUUCUUCUUCAUUAUCGCCAGCAUCACCAUCCCUAAACCACAGAUCCAACACCACCACCAACCCCCUGAACAUCCCCGAGAUCCUCGAGCUCGUCUUACUCCAUGUCCUCCUCCAGUUCCAGAACGCUGCCUCUGCCAACCGCCACCCCUUUGCCUCUUCUUCCUCCUCCCCCGCCAGCUCGGCCUCCUCCCUCACCACCACCACGGACAUCCAACUCCAGAUCCGUGCCCAGAAACCCGUCUCCACCCGCCUGGCUUUCUUGCGCGUCUGUCGGCUAUGGUAUAACGUGGGCGAACCGCUGUUGUGGAAAGAUGUCAAGUGGACGGACUAUCAGUCUCCGCAGGUGCAUCAGAGGAUAUGCAGGCAAUGGACUCGUGUGAGAAGUUUGACCUUCGAAUACGGAAUGAGGACCACGGAUGCGCCCACGGACCCUGUGCAGGCCUCACCUCCUGAAGGUACCAGCACCAGUAAUAUCCCGACAUCCAUUUCUUAUUGGGCAAAUGGACCUCGCGCGAGGAUGAGGAAUCUAUUGGGGAGCGAUACAAACGCUGUCGGGGCACAGUCGCAGCAGGCAACGGCCGCAGGCGGACCGAGUGCAAACGGAGUUACCGCAGCAACUACAGGAUCAGGAUCGAAUGAUCGGCAUCGGCGGAUGGACGAGGCCGGUUCAAGAUCGUAUACAGAAGACGGGACGACCCUCUCAGGCAGACCUCGCGUCACACUCGAGCAGACAUUGGCGGAACUGGCGCGCGCAAUGUCUCGACCAUCCGAUUUGCCGCAUUACCGCCCCAAACCUCUGCCACUACGCUGGGCCCACGGUCACAAACAGCACCCAUUACCGGGCUUGCCGUCGCCUGCUCCUCGUCCCCUGUCGUUUGCACCUUUACUUCAUCGCUCGCAGCUGACAUCUCUGACACUCAAUGGAUUGUUCCGUCUGGAGACGUUCCUGGAGGCAAUCUUGCCGUUCGUACCGGAGCUGACGUAUCUGGAUAUAUGUUUGCGAUGUUAUGAAUGGAAGGAUGAGAUCCGGCUAGAUAAGGUCUUGAGGACGUGUCCGAAAUUGGAGUACCUGUCCGUGGACAGGAACAUGAUUGGCAGGGUUGAUUUUGCUGACCCGUCGUUAUCGGACGAAGGGGACUUGAACUCGGAUGAUGAUGAUAGUGACGAUGAUAUGAACUAUGAGGAUGAGCUGAGGAGUCCAGGCCAGGAGGCGUAUGCAGGAACAUCGUGGCACAUCAAGUACGCCCAUUUCCCUCAGCGGAGCAUGAGCAAAUCUGAUCCCAAGGGAUGUGGAACAAUGGCUGCAUCAACCGGAGAAAAAAGAUCGCAGCCGACACGAAGGCGGUCUCGUCAACGUCCCUUGGCACUUCGAGUGCUCAAAUUGAAGAAGGUCAGGAUGCUGGAACGGGGAUUUGUUCGGCUAUUGCGACUUUGUCCAUUGCUGGAGGAAUUAGACGUGUUCAGUACGAUCUACUGGGGAUGGUCGCGUCAGUUCCUCAGCACGGUUGCUCAGUCUUGUCCGGAGAUACGGCACUUGCACCUCACAACCAAUUAUGUCACCGGCGGGACCGACGGUAUUCCGGAGGACCCUAUGCAUGCAGGGAUCGUUAUCUUUCAUGAGACCCCUCUGGAGCAGCUUGAUCCCCCAGGCAUGACUGCGAUCGACGGUGCUGGGGAGGUUGGAAAUGCGAGCGCAGGCGUAAUGACGAACAUCUCUACAGUCGCAGGAACCAUGGACAUUCAGGGACCAUCUUCAGCAGCAUCGACAAUACCAUCACCAUACGACCCUGUAAUCGAGCUGAUCAAACUCUACCCGGCGCUACUCUCGUACGACGCCCGAUAUGUCCGAUUCCGUGAUUCGACGCUUCAGACGCUCCAACAGCAUUGCCAAUAUCUAGAACGGCUGGAUCUGACGUGUUGCCGAGAAGUGAGUUCGAAAGCGAUCGACCAUUUCCUGAGAUACGUUCCGACAUUGAAGCAUUUCUCGGCCAGUCGGGCCCGGUUACGGAUCGAGGAUAUGGUCGAAUCAGCAGAGAGACAUGAUCGGUACGUUCAAGCGACGAGUGAGGAUCCUUCGACAACGGAUUCGGUGCCAUCCAAGGACUUGCAGCCGCUGCCGCGAUGGUGGGCCUGUGAAGGACUGGAGACGUUUAUCAUUGGCGUCCAGAACCCGUCUGCAGGGAGUGGUCGGGAUUUUGAUUACCAGGCUGAGCGGGCGGCGGAUUUCCAGUUCUAUUACAGGGAUUACCAAGGCCAGUCAUCGUCGUCGUCGUCGUCGCGGCACGGGGGUGGAUCGGAGAAGGCAGCAACAGCGGCAGCAGCGAGAGGAUAUGAUCAUACGCGGUACUGUACGUUUGUGCUGUUUCAGCAACUGGGACGGCUAAGGAAACUGAAGAGGCUGGAGUUGCAUGGCGGACGGUUUGAUCUUGGGAUCGGGGUCGGGAGCGCAAGUCAGCGCUCGCUGUACUUCAAGUCCUCUACCCCGGAUUUGGCGCUGGCUUUGCAUAAUGAGACCAAGGACCUGGAUGUUCCGGAGCAUCAUGGCAAGACCGAAUCAAAGGCCCAGCGAGGGCUCAGGAAGAUGAAGAGUUUCUUGUCACUCGGAGGAAAGAGCAAGCAGAAAGCUGAGGACGAAUCUGGAAAGGAGAAACCGAACGGCAAAGGGAAACAUGUAGACAGAUCAGGAUGCGGAUCGAGCGGUGAUGUAGAAUGUGGUGUUGUUGGCGGUGGCACGCUUGGGCUCGGAGGAGAUCUUCAGUCAUCUGGAGGUUCUGGUGUACACGAGAGUAGCGGUGAUUGCAAUAGUAGUGGUGGUAGCGUGAGCAACAAAACUGUGCCGAGUCACUGGACGGGACUCCAGCCGUUGGCGGGACUGGCGCAGCUGGAGUCAUUCAGUAUGAACUGGUCGAACUUUCCAAUGUUGCGUGAGCAGGAGAUGGCGUGGAUAUGUCAGCAUUGGAUCCGGCUGGAGUGGAUCUCGUUAGGCCUGGUGCCGGAUUGUGAGUGGGAUCAGAUCCGGAAUUGGGUACGGUCCAGGCGCAAGGAUAUUGUGGUCGUUUUUGAGCGGUGAGAGACUGUAUGUAGAAAGCAAAAAAUAAUGAAGACGACGACGAUGGCAGUUCAUGCAUAUUCGUGUUA